AUGUCUCUCUUCUCUUAUGUCGCCUCGGGCAUCAGCUCGUUCGUUGUCGUCACACUGUCUCUAUUCGCCCUCGGCCAGAAGGUUCCCCGCGCGGCGUUCGUUGCUCGCUGUCUCGCAGCCUAUGGCUCCCUCCUCUUUUGUGCCGUGUACGGCGUGAUCGCCUCCAUUGUUCUGCGGUUGAUAGGAUACGGACGUGUGUCUCAAUGGGCCACCGCUCGCAGCUUCAAAUGGGUCAUGCGGUACACCACCGGUGUGCGCUUCGAUAUUGUAGAAGGCGUUGAAUACUUGUCGACUCGGCCGGCCGUCUUUAUCAGCAACCACCAGUCCGAACUGGAUGUUCUCAUGCUCGGUACGAUCAUGCCGCCCUACUGCAGUGUUACGGCCAAGAAGUCCCUGCGCCAUGUGCCGUUCCUCGGCUGGUUCAUGUCCCUUUCCCGAACCGUGUUUAUCGACCGUGCCAAUCGCGAGACUGCUGUGAAGGCGUUCGACGGCGCGGCGCACGAAAUGCGCACCCAUCGCCACAGUGUCUUCAUUUUCCCUGAGGGCACCAGAAGCUACUCCGAUAAGCCGGAGCUGCUAUCGUUCAAGAAGGGUGCCUUCCACUUAGCUGUCAAGGCGGGAGUGCCAGUCGUUCCUAUUGUCACCGAGAACUACUCCCACAUUCUCUCCCCUCGGAACCUGCGAUUCAAUUCCGGUACUGUCAAGAUCAAAGUUCUGCCUCCGAUCAGCACCGAGGGCAUGACGGCUGCCGAUGUUGACAACCUCACCAAGUCAACUCGGGAGUCUAUGCUCAAGACUCUCUUGGAGAUGUCUUCCCCUGAGGACGUCGACAACUCCAACUCCAACGCCAACACCAAUGCCAAGACCACUGCCGUCGAGAUCUGA